CGACAAACGGCACCACAGAACACCCACCCCCGUCGUAAACCAUGAAAGUGCCACCGACUCUUGCCCGGGGCAUUGUGCGAGCAUAUGGGAGGAAGGCUUUGCGGCCAGUGCUCAGCAGCUUAGGCACCUGGAACCAAGGCAGGCAUCUGACCACCAGCAGCAGAGCGCUGGCGGCAAAGAUGAGUCCAGCUGAGGUACGUGAGGAUGUUUGCAGUGAGAUCCGAUCUUCCUCAUGGGUUGAUUUCCCUUCCUCCCCCGGUGUGUCUGCUUUUCCAUAGUUGACAAAGAUCCUGCAAGAGCGCGUGGAGAACUUUUCCGAACAGGUGAGUUGCAGAGUCUAUGAGGGCUUGUUUUCGAAGGAACUUCGUUCUUUGUUGUCUUUUUCUGUGCCCUUGCAUGGCGCUCACUCACAGCAAGCGGUUGAUGAGGUGGGUCGUGUGUUGUCUGUUGGUGAUGGCAUUGCCCGCAUCUACGGCCUCAAGAAUGUGCAAGCCGGCGAGAUGGUCGAGUUCAGCUCCGGCAUCAAGGGCAUGGCACUCAACCUGGAGACAGACAACGUCGGCGUCGUCAUAUUCGGAGACGACAGGUGGGUGGGUGGGUGGGUGGGUUGGUACUUGCGGGCGCCAUGAAGACAGGCAGACAGGCAAACAGGCAGACAUGCAGACAUGCAGACAGAGGCAGACAGGUGCCGUCCAUACAAGAGAGCUGGCCAAAGUGGUCCCCGGGGGGCGGUAGCGUAGCGUAGCGUAGGGUAGCGGCGUGCCUAAAGACUGAAUGCAGGUGCGGUCGAUUCGGAGGCGCAUGCUGCUUUCGUGUGUUGUGUUGUGCUGUGUACAUCCAGGGGCAUAUUGGAGGGUGACACUGUUAAGCGUAGUGGCGCUAUUGUGGAUGUGCCCUUCGGUGAGGAGCUGCUUGGGCGGGUGGUGGACGCCCUUGGGAACGCCAUCGAUGGGAAAGGUAGGAAGGUGGGCGGGGCGGGAUCGACACCCACCGAUGGAUGAGACAUCCACCUAAGAGAGAUGUGGGCAACAGAUAGAUAGGUACCUCCCGGUUUCUUGGAUCACUCACUGAUUGUGUCCUCAGGACCCAUCAAGACUGCAAGGCGCCAGCGUGUCGAGGUAUGUACAUAAGGGGGAGGGAGGGAUGGUGCACGGGGCUGGCUGGCUGAAAACGCCGCGAGCAAGCGGCAGGCCGGUCGAUAGAUAAUUGUUUUGUGGUUGCUGUUCAGCUCAAAGCGCCUGGCAUCAUACCUCGGAAGUCUGUGCAUGAACCGAUGGCCAGUGGCUUGAAGUGCGUCGACUCACUGGUAGGCAUACAUACACAACACGUACACAGCAAACACGUGCGCGCAAUGCAAUGAGCCGACGAAUGAAUGAACCAACUGAUGAAUGAAUGAGUUAAUGAGUGUGGUUGGUUUGCCUUGGUACACGUACCAUACGUAUGGCGCGCCACGUGUCUGCAGGUCCCAAUCGGUCGAGGCCAGCGCGAGUUGAUCAUCGGAGACAGGCAAACAGGCAAAACCGCCGUGGCAAGUGAGCUGGACCCACCACAUGGCUUUUGCUGCACAGUCGACAACCAUUGGCCUCUCCUGUUGUUCUUCCUUUGGUGAUGAUUCUGUGUCGUUUCAGUUGACACGAUCAUCAACCAGAAACAGUAUGUUGUGUGGCUCGGCGGACUCUGAUCAAAUCACUCGACGAUGGGUGCACUUAUGUCUGGGUAUGUCAACGAUCAGAUACAACGAAGGCGCCGAUGAAUCGAAGAAACUUUACUGUGUGUACGUCGCCGGUACGUCAAACACCGCACACAUACAGACAGACAGACAGACAGAAGGGGGUGCGGCUGUAAAUGACGACCUUAUACACAACUUGUCUGUUCUGGACUGCACUGCACUACGCUGUGUGUGUGUGUGUGUGUGUGGUUUCGCCCUGCCCUCCCUUACUUGAUCCAGUGGGCCAGAAGAGGUCGACUGUCGCACAGAUCGUCAAGGUGAGUGGCUCGGCGGGCAGACAGCGUACAAAGCAUAGCUAUUUUCCACGCCAGACGACCAGGCCACGGUAAAUGUUUGUUUUCUGUCUGUCUGUCUGUCUGUCUGUCAGGUUUUGGAGCAGCAUGACGCGUUGAAGUAUUCGAUCAUCGUGGCUGCGACUGCCUCGGACGCCGCCCCUCUGCAAUUCCUGGCCCCGUACAGUGCGUGUGCCAUGGCUGAGUACUUCAGGGACAACAAAAAGCAUGCCCUCAUCAUCUAUGACGACCUCUCCAAACAAGCCGUCGCAUACAGACAAAUGUCCCUCCUACUGCGGUACCGACGCACGCACGCACGGACGCACGGGGGCGGCACGGGGCAGCCAGGGGCUGCCCGAAUGUAGACCAAUGGAUAGAUAACUAUAUGGCGACACACACACACAGACAUACCAGACCAGACGAGACCGACACCACCCUCACUGAGUUGGGCAUGGAUGGUGUGCUGUGUUGUGUUGUGUUGUGUUGGCUGACUUGCCGCUGCCUGCGUCUUUUGUUUCUUCAGACGACCCCCAGGUCGUGAAGCGUAUCCAGGUGAUGUCUUCUACCUCCACAGCCGGUACGUACGUGAAGACAUACAGACCUCACGACAAGCACACGGCAAACUGUGUGUAACCUGUGUGUUGUGUCUUUUGACGUCGCUGGUAUGUCACCAGGCUGCUGGAGCGUGCGGCCAAGAUGAGCGAUGAAAAGGGGGCGGGCUCUCUUACAGCAUUGCCAGUCAUCGAGACGCAAGCAGGUACGUCCCUUCGUACGUACGGCAGGCCGGCAGGGGUUGAGGUGUCGGCCCGUGGGGUGUGGGGUUGGGUGCAGGCGAUGUGUCUGCCUACAUCCCGACCAACGUUAUUUCCAUCACCGAUGGACAGAUUUUUCUCGAGGUGAGUUUUCGCCUAACCGCCCACUCACCGUGCUUGCGAAGUACGAGCAGUGAACACGUGCGUGUGUCGGGCUCCUGUCUGUCUCUUUGGGCCUUGCCGGCUAUGUGUGUACGUGGCACGGUACAUCCGUUGUCUCCUCCAUCCAUCAGUCGGAGCUGUUCUACAAGGGUAUCCGGCCAGCGAUCAACGUGGGCCUCUCCGUCAGUCGGGUGGGCUCAGCAGCGCAGAUCAAGGCCAUGAAGCAGGUCGGUCGGUAGCCAUUCGGCCGAUGCAUGUCGAUACCAUAGCGUACACGUUGGCCGCUUGGUUCGUUGUUGAUGCGAUGCACUCGGUGUGUUGGUUGGCACAGGUGGCUGGCACCAUGAAGCUGGAGCUUGCUCAAUACCGUGAGGUGGCCGCCUUCGCACAAUUCGGGUACGCAUGGACGAACCCAUCCCAUCCUCAACCAGACAGAGAGGACACGGGAUGCAGGGAGCGGCCCGGGUGCUGCGUUGCCUGUCGGUUCAUUCGCUCUCUCACUCUGUGCGAUCAGUUCGGAUUUGGAUGCGGCAACCCAGCAGCUGCUGACCCGUGGCGGUGUGCUGACUGAGCUACUCAAGCAGAAACAAUACGUGCCGAUGAAGACAGCCAUGCAGGUACGUGAGUAUGUAUGUAUGGAUGAAUUUGGGGGCUCAGUGAGAACACGUCACUCCUUUCUCGGCCUCCCUGCCUACCCUGGGCCUCUCACUCAUCUGGUGCGUGUGUGUCUCUCUUCUCGCCUGGCUGGCUGGGGGGCCCGUCUAACAGGUGGUGGUCAUCUUCGCCGGUGUCAGGGGCUUCUUGGACGUGAGCAGCCCAAGAAGACGUCCAUCAAAGUGAAUGAAUGCAUGUCGUCUGCUAUCCCUUUCUGCAUGCAGAAGCUGGAACUGAAGGAAAUCGGACGGUAUGUGUGUACGUCUGCCUUGAAGUGCCCUCCCGCCCCUCCAUUUAUCUUAUCUGCGCGCCUUGUGUGGCGGGCGUCCUGGCUGCGGUGUCUAUCGUCUGUCGUUGCAGCUUCGAGCAGCUGUACGUGCCCUUUAUCGUGGAGAAUCACAGCGACAUCCUGCAAGCCAUCGAAAAGUAGGCAUGCCAACGGACCGGCCCCUUUCUUGGCUGAGCCGGCACCACCCCACCCCCUCCACUCCACUUGCAAGCUGACGUUGAUGGAUGGAUGCAAUGGCACCGCACUCACGCGUGUCGCCUGUCUGUCUGUCUGUCUGUCUGUUCGUCUGUCUGUGUUUCAGAGAGCGGGUGAUAUCCGAGGAGACCGAGCAGAAGCUGCGAUCAGCCAUAGAGAAGUUUAUGAACAUGUAUGAGUUUGCGACCGUCGCGUGAGGCUUUUCCCGAGCGGGGGAAACAAACAAAGAGGCAGGGACGGCACUUAGUCUUGUGUUUCUGUUUGUCUGGGGAGUGCGGUGUGAGCAUCGCCACAUUCUACGCAUUCUACGCGGGAUGGACGGACGGACGAAACGAGUGGUUUACACGCACGGUCAGGCAGGCAUUUGCCGAUGAGCAAAUGCAUCUAGCUAUCUGUCCAUUGAUCUAUGGGAACGCUGUUUGACUCGUCCAGACUAUUUAUCAUUUCUUCG